CGAGCGUUCCAACGGACUAAUCAGAGGCGCCGUGUCCUCCCCCCUCACGCGGAGGACGGUGAGCAUUUCAGUACCUGGGAGCUGUCCACUGCGCUCGAGACUGCUGACAACUAACGGUUAGGAUGGCCAAAGUGAAGCAGGUGGGCUUACUGGCAGCGGGCUGUCAGCCUUGGAACAAAGACGUCUGUGCUGCCAGCGGAGACCGCUUCGCCUACUGUGCUACUUUGGCAAUAUACAUCUACCAGCUGGAUCAGCAGUACAAUGAAUUCAAGCUAAGGUCCAUCAUGUCCGAGCACAAGAAGACCAUCACAUCCAUCAGCUGGUGUCCCGACAACCUGGACCUGUUCGCAUCGGCAUCUGCUGAUAACCUGCUGAUCGUGUGGAACGUAGCGGAGCAGAAAGCUGUGGCUCGACUCGACAACACUAAAGGCAUCCCUGCGUCAGUCAGCUGGUGCUUGAGCUCGGCAGAUGGAGUGGCUUUUGUCUCCCAGCGUGGGCCGCUCUAUGUCUGGGUGUAUGGAGGACCUGACCCCGGGGUCACCAUGCACAAAGAAGCCCACUCCUUCCUGUCUGAUAUCUGCCUCUUCAGAUGGCACCCCACCAAGAAAGGGAAACUGGUGUUUGGACACACGGAUGGAAGUCUGUCCAUUUUCCAGCCGGGGAGUAAAAGCCAAAAGCACGUGUUGCGUCCGGAGUCCUUGGAGGGGACGGAUGAAGAGGACCCCGUCAGCGCAUUGGAAUGGGACCUUUUGUCGACAGACUAUUUGCUGGUGUCCAACCUCCAUAACGGCAUCAGGCUGGUGGACAGUGAAGCCUUGGCUUGCAUCACGUCCUUCUGUUUCCCCUCAGCUGCUGCCUCGGUUCAGUGCCUGGCCUGGGUCCCGUCUGCACCCGGCAUGUUCAUCACUGGAGACUCACAGGUGGGCGUGUUGAGGGUCUGGAACGUGUCUCGCUCGACUCCUCUGGACAGCUUCAAACUGAAAAAGACCGGAUUUCAUGCUUUACACGUCCUCAGCUCUCCUCUCGCCAAGAAAGCUCAGAGCUCCUGUUCUCCUGGUAAAAGUCAGCACACCAGUUCCACCAGUGAAGCUGUUCCUCCCCCAACCCUGUCACAGAACCGGUCCUUCUCUCUGCCCCCGGGCCACGCUGUGUGCUGUUUCAUGGAUGGAGGGGUGGGCCUGUAUGACAUGGGGGCCAAGAAGUGGGACUUCCUUCGAGACUUGGGUCACGUGGAGACGAUCUUUGACUGUAAGUUUAAACCUGACGACCCUAACCUCCUGGCCACGGCGAGUUUUGAUGGAACCAUCAAAAUCUGGGACACAAACACGCUGACAGCUGUUUACACCUCCCCCGGCAACGAGGGCGUGGUCUACUCUCUGUCCUGGGCUCCUGGAGAUCUGAACUGUAUUGCCGGGGCAACUUCUCGUAACGGAGCGUUUAUCUGGGACGUCAGGAAAGGAAAGAUCAUCACUCGCUUCAACGAGCACGGUAAGAAUGGAAUAUUCUGUAUCUCAUGGAGCCACAAGGACUCAAAGAGGAUCGCGACGUGUAGUGGGGAUGGAUUCUGUAUUAUCCGGACCAUCGAUGGGAAAAUCCUCCACAAGUACAAACAUCCAGCUGCUGUGUUUGGAUGUGACUGGAGCCAGAACAACAAAGACAUGAUUGCGACCGGCUGUGAGGAUAAAAACGUCCGCGUGUACUACCUCGCCACCAGCUCCGACCAGCCCCUGAAGGUCUUCACCGGACAUUUAGCCAAAGUGUUCCACGUGCGCUGGUCUCCGCUCAGAGAGGGGAUUCUGUGCUCGGGGUCAGAUGACGGCACUGUUCGUAUUUGGGACUACACACAGGACGCCUGUAUCAACGUGCUAAGCGGUCACACGGCUCCUGUCAGAGGACUGAUGUGGAACACAGAGGUUCCUUACCUUCUUAUUUCUGGUUCUUGGGAUUAUACAAUCAGAGUGUGGGACACAAGAGACGGCACGUGUCUGGACUCAGUCUACGACCACGGAGCUGAUGUUUACGGUUUAACGUGUCACCAGAGCCGUCCGUUCACCAUGGCGAGCUGCAGCAGAGACAGCACGGUGCGGCUGUGGUCGUUAACGCCGCUCAUCUCUCCGCUGCUGCUGAACAUCCUCAGCAACCAGCCGUGGGAGAGAAUCAUCGGAAACACCGACACGGCCAUGGUGCCCGGCUCGCCCCCGCUGCUCUGCGGGAAGGUUUCUCGAGACAUCAAGCUGGAUCUGGAUAAACUGAGCGUAGACAUCAGAGCCAAGAAGCUGCGCUGGUUCUCUGAGUGCUUCUCGCCUCCAGGGGGCAGCAGUAACCUGUGGGACCUGGUGUCUGUUGUGAAUGGUCAGGAUGACUCUCUGCUGCCUUCCAGCUACAGCAAAGGAGUGAUGCACAUGAAACACCUGCUCAAGUUUAAAACAUCUGAAGCUCAGGAGCUCACCAUCGUGAAGAUGUCAAAGUUUGGAGGAGGAAUCGGAGCUCCGAGUAAAGAGGAGAGGCUGAAGGAAGCAGCAGAUAUCCACCUGAGGCUGGGACAGAUCCAGAGAUACUGUGAGCUCAUGGUGGAGCUGGGACAGUGGGAGAAAGCUUUGUCUGUAGCACCGGGAGUCUCCAUGAAGUACUGGAAGAAGCUCAUGCAGAGGAGAGCUGAUCAGCUGAUGGCUGAGGAUAACGAUGAUGCCAUCCCGUACUGCAUCGCCACAGGAGACAUUAAGAAACUUGUUACCUUCUUCACCGGCAGAGGACAACUGCUGGAGGCCUUAAUAGUAGCACAGGGAGCCUGUGAGGGGAACAUCCACGCACCUCAGAGCUCAGGGGUCAACCACACAACUAAUGAUGUAGAUAACAAACAGCAAUACCAGAGUCUCCUUCAUAAGGUCUGUAAGGAGCUAGCAGAGUCGUACUUUCAGGAUGGCUGUUCGGUCCUGGCUGCAUGCUGCCAUCUCGCUGUGGACAACGUCAAGUUAGCCAUGUCCAGUCUUAUCAGAGGGAACGAACUGGAGAUGGCUUCGUGUGUUGGCCUCGUCCUUGGAGAACCAGCCAAUCAGAGCACAGCUUACUGCCUUGAACUCUUGGCCAGGAAAUACAUGAGCACACCUUCAUGGGAGCUCUCCGUGGAGCUUCUGCAGAUGAUUCCUGAAAACCACAUCUUAUUGGCCAAACUGUGCGCGUAUUACCCGGGGAGCGCAGCUGAAAUCAACCAAUGGCACGACAAGUGCGGUCUGCCGUCGUUAGAGGAGUGCAAGUCGUUGGCAGAAGAAGCGAAACGUAAAGGAGAUUUAUUUUCAGCGGUUGAAUUCCACCUGCUGAGCUCCGAGCCUGAAAAUGCCCUGCAGAUAGGAAUACAUCAUGUUAAAGAACAGCUGACUGGAUCUGAUUGGACGGUGGACAGCAUUCUGCCGAUCCUGGACCUGAUGAGCUACAUCAGAACGGACCGCCUCAUCAUGUCCAAGUCCACAGAACCCCGCAGUGAGCUGUUGAUCCUCUGUGGUUAUAUUGGAGGUCUGCUGGCCAUCAGGAGACAGUACUCCAGUAUCGUACCUGCUCUCUACGAGUACACCAGUCAGCUGUUGAAGAGGAGGGAGGUGUGUGUUCCUCUGAAGAUCGAGCAGCUGUCUGUGGAGCUGGACGCCUGGAGGGCCUGCACACAGAGUAACAGCAACAGUCCUCCAACAGAGAGUCAGAGAGAGGAGUUCAGCUGUCUGGAGAGAAGAAUCCAGCCCACAGACUCUGCUGCUUUAGCUUUAUGUGGAGCUGAUUAUGUGACGGGCUCCAACCUGCCGAGUCACUCCGACGUCCAGCUGUCCUGUUUCACCGGACACAGAAUACAGGGUCCCGUGUUUCUCCUGGAGGACGGUAAAUCAGCGAUCUCUCUGAAUGAUGCUCUGAUGUGGGCCAAAGUGAACCCUUUCUCUCCUCUGGGCACGGGGAUUCGCAUCAACCCUUUCUAACGCUCACAGAGAGGGUUCAGACUCAGAGAGGGUUCAGACUCACAGAGGGUUCAGACUCACAGAGGGUUCAGAUACAGAGAGGGUUCAGACUCAGAGAGGGUUCAGAUACAGAGAGGGUUCAGACUCACAGAGGGUUAAGACUCAGAGAGGGUUCAGACUCAGAGAGGGUUCAGACUCAGAGAGGGUUCAGACUCAGAAAGGGUUCAGACUCAGAGAGGGUUCAGACUUAAGAGAGGGUUCAGACUUAAGAGAGGGUUCAGACUCAGAGAGGGUUCAGACUCAGAGAGGGUUCAGACUGAAGAGAAGGUUCAGACACAGAGAGUACCUGUCCCCGGAGAGCGAGCCGGCUCUGAAGUGAUGUAAUGGAAAACAAAAAUCAAAACCAGGCCGUCAAUAACAUUUUUGUGCUUCAGCCAAACGGCCAACUGCUUUUUAUAAUUUCCAGAGCCAACAGAUUUGGCGACAUCAACAAACAGUUCAUUCGUGAUUCUGUGGGGGUGACUCGGUUUGAAACGAGCUCGCGGUUAGCUUAGCUGUAAUGUGACGAGAGUGUAGCCAACAAGAUCAUCAUGCUUUAUCUGAGGGGCGGAUAAUUCUAAGUUUGUACAUAUGAUCCUAAUUUAUUCUAUUGUUGUAAAAAAGAAAAUGCUGGAAUAAAGCUACCACUGCACAUUUC